UCUUUUUCUACCCUUUCAUCGGUGACGCCUGUAUGACAAGAUAUUUUUUUUCAAACUUCAGAUUUGAAUGCAUCUAACCCGAGAAAGUUGAUAUAAUAGUUGGAUUUAUCCAAAAAGAAAUUAGUCAUGGCUUCAAGUAAUAAUGCAGAGAUAGUAACAGAAACAGAAAGAUGCUUGCAUAUAGUAGAAAAUUUGUCUAAAUUGGACUUUAUAGCGUUGGAUGCUGAGGGUAUUAACUUAGGAAAAGACGGUCCUCUGACUUUGUUACAGAUCGGGACUGUGGACGACAAAGUUUAUCUUUUUGAUAUUGAAACAAACAAAGAUUUAUUUAGGAAAGGAAAGCUCGAAGAUAUUUUACAAUCAGACAAGCUAGUGAAGGUUAUACACGCAUGCGCAGGUGACAGUGCUGCAUUAUACCACCAGUUUGGAAUUAAGCUUAAAAAUGUGUUCGACACACAGGCAAGUAUAUAA